GGCCGGACGGACUGCCCGGUGCCCGGUCAGUGCUGAGCAGGAGACGCUGUCGGUGGGGCAGGACUAUGAGGCACCGCCGGGUCUGGAUCGCCGUGGCGCUGACGCUGGGUCACGCCAGCGCGGCAUUCGAGUUUGUGGCGACCGCUGAAGACUGCAGAGCGGCCGGCAUGCGGUGCGUUGCUCUAUCGCAGUGUCCCGCGUACAGAAACAAAUCGGCAGGCCGAAGAAGUCGGCCAACAGUCUGCGGCUUCCAGCAGAGUGAACCGCUAGUGUGCUGUCCAGUCCCUGAAGUGACGAGACGGAGACCCCAGCCUCCAAACAUCACCGAGCCAGAGGUGCGACCGGAGGGGCGGAACUCCGAGUCUUCGGAACCGGAGCCUGUCACCCCGCCGACGAACCAGAGACACUUCAGGCGUCCGACUGGACCAGCCCAGAGACCAGCCAAGCCGGAGCCCAGCGCCGCUAGCCUGCACGGCACGGCAGCGCCCGUCACCCCACCGACGGUUCCGCCCGCCGCGGUGCCCUCGUGCGGCCGGCCGGGGGUGCCGUCCGUGGCUGGCUCGGAGUCCGGCGCCGGCGGCUCGCUGGUGUUCGGUGCAGAGAGGCCUUUCGCCGUGCGCGUGCCGCCGGUGGAUCUGCACAUUCUGGGCGGCAGCGCGGUGCAGCUGGUGGAACCGUUGGAGGGCGGCCCGGCCGGCCAUCGCUGGCCGUGGAUGGUGCUGUUCGGCCGCUGGACGGGCGACGGGCUGGGAAGCUGGUUCUGCGGCGGCACACUCAUCACCGACCGGCACGUGCUCACGGCCGCCCACUGUUUUCGGAGGGAGACACCCGGGACUGUCGGCGUGCGCAUCGGCGACCACGACCUGGGCUCUUCGGAUGAGGUGGACCACCAGGAGCGGAACAUUUCCAGCGUGGUGAUGCACCCGGAGUUUCGCGGCCAGCAGAACGACCUGGCCGUGGUGCGUCUGUCGGAGCCGGUGGCGCGGACCGUGUCCGUGCAGCCCAUCUGUCUGCCGGCCGCCGGCGCCGAGCAUGUGGGCGCGGACGUCGAGGCCGCCGGCUGGGGGAUGCUCGAGUUCGGCGGCGAUAUUUCCGAUAUUCUGCAGGAGGUGCCGCUGCGCGUGUGGCCGCCGGAGGACUGCGAGGCAGCACUGCGCGCCAGCCGGGCGUUCGGGGCGCGGUUCCCGGACGGCCUGUUGCCGUCACACCUCUGCGCCGGCAGCCGGGAUGAUGAGCGACGAGACGCGUGCGCCGGCGACUCGGGCGGCCCGCUGAUGGCGCGCGACGCGAGCGGCGCGUUCGAGCUGGUGGGCGUCAUAUCGACCGGCAUCGGGUGUGGCACAGAGUUCCCCGGACUCUACACCAAGGUGUCCGCCUUCACCGAGUGGAUAGCGCAGCAGCUCAGCUAGCACUGUGUGUGUGUGCGCGCGCGCGUGUGUGUGGCGCACUGAACGUUAGUUUGGUGUGUUCAGCAUCAAUGUCAAUACUCGUAUACAUUCACAGGAGGUCAUUAGGUUCACACUGCAUUGCACUUUCGAGAGCAGCUAUGAGUCAUUCGUCCACCGAGUUUCAUCGUCAUAUUCAUGUUUAUACCCACUGAUACCCAUAUAAUGCAUUUAUAUAAUGCAUAUAUGCAUUUAUAUAAUGCAUGCAAUGAUAUAAUGCAUUUAUAGCUAACCUAUACUUCAUAUUUCAUGCCAACUGCCCUCGCUCGUACAUGUUCGCUCGAGCAGCGCCUGUUGCUCAAUUUGAAGAAUUGCACAAUACGUAAUACAUAUAUCAUAAAACA